AUGGCGGAGACACAAGCACCCGAGGUUGACUAUACCCUCAACAACCCUGACACCUUGACCAAGUACAAGACCGCUGCGCAGAUUUCGCACAAGGUUCUCGAGGCCGUCACUGCUCUGUGCCUGGAGGGCGAGAAGAUCGUUGAGAUCUGCCAGAAGGGUGAUGCUCUCCUCGAUGAGGAGAUCGCCAAGGUUUACAAGGGCAAGAAGAUCGCCAAGGGUAUUUCUCACCCGACCACCGUCUCGCCUAGCUCCUAUGUGACUCCCUACACUCCUCUGGUGUCCGAUGCCGCCGAGGCUGAGACCACUCUCAAGGCCGGCGAGCUCGUCAAGAUCCAGCUCGGUGCCCAGAUCGAUGGCUUCGGUACCAUUGUCUGUGACAUGAUCGUCAUUGCCAAGAAGGAUGCCGCUAAGGACGUUGUGACUGGCCGCGAGGCUGACCUUGUCCUCGCUACUCACUACGCCAACGAGCUUCUGCUCCGUCUGAUGGUCCCCCCGGGUCUGUUGGCCCAGGGUACCGACGAGGAGAAGGCCAAGGCUGCUGCCCAGAAGGCCCCGACCCAGGCUCAGAUCUCCACUCUUCUGGAGAAGGUUGCCAAGACCUACGACUGCAAGAUCGUUGAGAACACCACCAGCUGGCUGUUUGACCGCAACGAGAUCGAGGGUACCAAGAAGAUCAUUCUGUCUCCCGGCGAUGGAGUCCGUGGUGACGGUACCCCCGAGGUUGGCGAGGUCUGGGGUGUUGAGGUCGGCCUCAGCUUGGGCUCCGGCAAAGUCAAGUCCCUCGACCACCGUGCUACCCUGCACCGCCGUACCACCACUACCUACAUCCUGAAGCGUCCCAGCUCCCGCCAGACUCUGUCUGAGGUUGUCAAGAAGUUCGGCACCUUCCCCUUCAGUUUGCGCCAGCUGGAUGACGAGAAGGCCGCCAAGGUCGGUGUUGUCGAGUGUGUUCGUGGUGGCGUCCUGCGCUCGUACGAGCCCGCUGGUGAGGCUGACGGUUCCCCCGUUUCUCGUCUGCUGACGACCAUCGCUAUCACCAAGAACGGUAUCACCAAGCUGGCUGCCCCCGGUACUAUUGAUGUCGAGCAGUUCAAGUCCGACAAGAAGAUUGAGGAUGAGGAGAUCCUCAAGAUUCUGGAGCAGCCCCUGGCCCGUUCCACCGGCAACAAGAAGAACAAGAACAAGAAGAAGAAGACUACCGGCGGUGACGAGUAA